GGUAAUUACCACCUUAUGGGGACAACGAUCUGUUUACACAGUCACAGCAUGGGGACCUCUGGCGGUAUGGGGACAAAAAAUCAGGUCCCCAUAAGGGAAACCAUUUUAAAUCAAUGUACUAGUUGUUCUGAAGGUGCUGGACUGAUUUUUGGCUUUGGCCCAUAGGGCAUGUAAACUGGUUAGUGUGAGUGUGUGAGCAGGGCUCAGUAGCCCCCCCUUUAGUUUGAAGCUGGAACUGCACUCACUGUGCUUCACACACACUUCUUCCAAAUAUGGUUUUUCCCGCCCACUUCCUGGUCCCCAUGAAGAAGGAUUUUAUCGACAAUGAUAUUUUGCAUGUUAGAGAUAGCAAUCAACAAGGUGGCCUAUUUAAGGGGGUUGUCAGCAAGAAGACAAGAAGAGGAGCUACCUAAACUACAAGGUAAGCUAAUUAUUUGGUUUAAUCAUUAUUUGUAUAACAUUUUAUAGAUAGCUUGACCCUCUAAUAACAUUAAUUACGUCCUAUCACUCAGCAUGCAAGCUUGUUAGCACUAAUUAGCUAGAGAGGCUAAUCUUACUAGCCAGUUAGCAAGUGUAGCAUCAAUGUUUUUUGCAGAAACUAACUAAAAAUUACAUGUAGGGUAUAUUGUUUGGAUUUCUCCAGGUAAAACGGGAUCCUUAUUCACAACUAUUGGAGAGUUUGUGGUAAAAUUGAUUAUGUUAAUGAUGGUUUUGCUUUCUUAUUCAUAAUAUAUUUGCUAUUAGGACAUUUUUACAUUAGACUUAUUGAUAGAAAACAAUCUAAAUAUCAAAAAAGGUAUUGCCAUUCUAGGCCUCCCUUGCAUACGUGUGUCCUGGUUCUUCUGAAUUAUUUCAAUUCCACAGCUGUAAAAUGAUUUAGAUAAUUUAAAUAAAAAUAUUUUUUGCAAUAAUGAUCAGACAUUGAAGGAGCAAGAGCGUGGGGGAAAAAGACAAAAGAUGCUUUUCAAAGUGGACAUGUAGAUAUUUUUAAGCCUGCGUUUCUUGAAUCUAUCAUGUUAAGCCUGCAGGGACACCACAGGCUUAACAUGAUAGAUUCAAGUUACGCAGGGGGGGCAUGUUAUUUUAAAUAAAAUGUCCCCCUUACUUGUUACUUGAAUCUAUCAUGUUAAAGUGUUUCUGAAGUGGCAACUUGAGAAUUAUUAGAAAUCUUGAAAGUUUGUUUUUUAAAGCAAUCAAGCAUAUUCGAGAUGCUGCCCAGGGUCAGUCCACGCAAGGAUGCCCUUAACCAUGUUUGCUCGAAGACUGACAAAACCAGCAAAUUAGAGGUCAAAUACAUCAAUGCAGUGAAAGGACGUGGUGUAUUUGCCUUAGCCUCAUUCUCCAAAGGAGAUUUUGUACUAGAGUACAGAGGGGACCUGAUUGAUGGUGCAGAAACCAACAGAAGACGAAGCAUUUACCACCCAGCAUGUUUGGCAUUUAUGUUCUCUUUCAAAUGGAGAAGGAAGAAAUGGUGUAUUGAUGCCUCAAGAGAUGAUGGAUCGUUUGGACGGCUUGUCAACGAUGAGCACAGUCAUCCAAAUUGUAGGAUGAAAAAACUUAAUUUCAAUAGGAAACCCCACUUAUGUUUGUUUGCCCUUCAUGACAUACAACAAGGAGAAGAGAUAACAUAUGAUUAUGGAGGUGAUGACUGCCCAUGGAGGAUGAAGAACACCCUGCAUGGAGCUGGUGUCCGUCCUGCAGAAACCUGCUCCUCUACUUGGCCUUUAGAGACACAGUUUGAAGAGGCUCCAGGUCCACAUUACCCUGAUCCACAGACCACCCUGCAUGGAGCUGGUGUCUGUCCUGCAGAAGCCUGCUCCUCUACUUGGCCUUUAGAGACACAGUUUGAAGAGGCUCCAGGUCCACAUUACCCUGAUCCACAGACCACCCUGCAUGGAGCUGGUGUCCGUCCUGCAGAAGCCUGCUCCUCUGCUUGGCCUUUAGAGACACAGUUUGAGGAAGCUCCAGGUCCACAUUACCCUGAUCCACAGACCACCCUGCAUGGAGCUGGUGUCCCUCCUGCAGAAGCCUACUCCUCUGCUUGGCCUUUAGAGACACAGUUUGAGGAAGCUCCAGGUCCACAUACCCCUGAUCCACAGACCACCCUGCAUGGAGCUGGUGUCCGUCCUGCAGAAGCCUGCUCCUCUGCUUGGCCUUUAGAGACACAGUUUGAGGAAGCUCCAGGUCCACAUUACCCUGAUCCACAGACCACCCUGAAUGGAGCUGGUGUUCGUCCUGCAGAAGCCUGCUCCUCUGCUUGGCCUUUAGAGACACAGUUUGAGGAAGCUCCAGGUCCACAUACCCCUGAUCCACAGAACCAUCAGCAGAGAACACUCUUCCACGCACUGAGGGGAAUGCAUUACCACCAACACUUAGUGAUCCAGACCACUCUCAGAGGAAGAAGAGGUAUCUUUUGGUGUCAGUACAGUGAGACCUUCUUCUAAAAGGUAAAGCAGCACAGAAAAGAAGACCCUGGCAGCAGCACAUGAAUCGGUUCGUUUAAAGGCUGAACCAGGAGUUCUCAAGAACCGUGACUGGCAGACCUUAAAGUUUUAUGUCUAUAACAGCAAAGCUGGUACUCCAGCCAUGUUAUAUGUUUGUUGAAUGCAAUUUCUAUGUUUACUUGUUAAUUUACAAAGCAGUUUCUGAAGUGCUUGUAUGGUUUAUACCUCAGUCUGCUGAUGAAUGUCAAAUUUGAGACUAGCUGGGUUAGCUGGGUUAAUUCUAAAGUUCAUUCAUGCUUUUAAACUUUGACUUUGAUGUCCUGAUUUAUUUUGUAUAAAUACUCCUUAUAUUAGACCUUAUAAUGUCUGCUUUAGCAUUAUCAAUUCUUAUUAAAAACUCUUCUAUAUUACCAAAAAACAAUGCCAACUAGCAACUUUUCCAAUGAAAAGGGUUGAGAACCAUUUUGUUUCAGCUAGAUACUAGUAAAUGUGACAGCAGUGGAUGUAUAUGCUUUAACAUUUUUGUAGUGAAACCUCUAAUACUCUGAGAACAGGUGUGUUUUAAUAAUUGGAGGAUUAUUUCAUUAUGUCCCCAUAAACCACAUAGUAAUGUGUGAGUUAUGCAAAUCAUAUUUAAA